AGCGGUAGGAGCUCUGCCAACGUAUUGUACGGUGGACGUAGAUUAAUACCUGGGAAUCUCUCACAUAAAUUUGCACUAAAUUUGUCUUGUUGAAGUAAGACAAUUUAAAGAAUUAGCCGUCGUGUGCUUAGCUAUUUACGUGUUUCACGAAUUUUCAUCAUUUUUGCCGAUUUGUGAUCAGGAUAGCUUAGAUCGGAAGUGACCAUGAAGAUGCACGCCAUUGGAAUCUUGGCUAUCCUGUUAAUCGUCGAUACUGAGAUUUUAGGACAUCCUUCACAGGAGAGAUUAAUGCCAGAUGGAGCGCCGGUUCCCGAGGACGCGAUCGAACACGAGGAUUCCGUGGCAUCAGCAUCAGAGGUGGGCGAAGAAUACGAUGAUUCCGACAUGUAUAUGGAGUCGGAUGAAUCCGGAACUUUGCAAUCAGAUCGCAUAGAAAAUAGCACGCGAAAUAAUAGCGAGGAUAAAGCGUCCAAUACUACUACCGAUAAAACUGCCGAUAAAACUAGUAGAAAUACUACCGACGAAAACAAGGAGAAAUUAUUCGAAGCUGAAAAAGUUGACGCUUCUAAAGAUCAAGAGGCGAAAAAUACAGAAUAUACCGCCGUCGCACAAUUUACCGAUGCGGGAGAUAAAAACUUGGAGACGCUGAGUCAAAACUUCUUCCCGUCUUUCGCAGAACUCUUCGCGAAUCACCGACUUCCGUUGACGGAACAGCAGCAACGAUAUCGUCCCAACAGAUUUUUAGGCUACUUUCAACGCGAUCGUAAUCAUCAAACCGCUGCAAGCAAAGAUCAUCAUUCCCUACUAGGUUCAGGUAACUUUGGCGUGAUUCGCGGCGGCACUUAUUAUCCGGAGGAUAAGGAGAACGAUGAGUAUUCGGUAGACGAAAGCCUCUAUAAUCCGUAUUAUAGUCGUGGUCGCGCGCAAUACUACAGGAAUCCUAAACCUCAGCCAAUUCGUGGCGGCGACUUCUUUGCAAAUUUCCGCGAUUUCGCCGAUAUUACGGCGCCGCCGAAAUCCAGUUUUUCACAUCUUUCCGUAGUGUACGCCAAUAAGAAUGGCAGCUCCACUGGACGUAUCACGGAACCCAGAAACAUUAUCGAGACUCUCAGAAUGUUGGAGGAAGAGGAGCGAUCUGAUAUAGAGGAAAUGACCACCACGGAAAUUCCGAUAAAGAAACAGAGUAAGAGCAAAUGGAAGCUUAUGAAGAUUAAGCAGUAUGAAGAGGACAAGGCAAGGAGAUCCCGUAUGUCCGUCGAACCACUACUUGCUCUCAGCUGAGAGUUCACUAAUAUCGCUAAGUGUACGUUGACGCGGACGCCAACCUCGGGAUUUCUCCCAAACGCGGAAUCUGGCCUCGAGAUCAGAACCAAAGUAUCUCUGAAAAGAGUCGUCUCUUUAUUAUUGGAGGAGAAUGUUUCGAAAACGUGCGUCAGAGAAGACUCGUAUCUUUACGUACGAUACUAUGUGCGUGUACUGAACUUCUUCGAUCAAUCCAGAAAGUUGGCGAUUUGAAAAUCGUAUUUUAAAAUUAAUGUCACCGGUUAGAAGGUAUUCAAUUCCUAACGUUGGAAUUCCGACGGUGGUCUGUAAGUAUGAAUGAAAUGAGCGACGAAAACAUCAGUUUUCAAACAUUAGUAGUCUUUAAUGUACGAACUUUCUAUGACAUUUCCUAAACGAGAAUCCGAAAUAAUUAUUUAGAUUUUAAGUUAUUACAGAAGAAAAUGCAUUUAUACGCGCGAAGAGGUAUUAAUUAGAAAUAUAAAAUACUGCUGUUUUUGUUUAUUGGUCAAUUAUUGUCAGAAUCGAAACUGACUUUAAUGAGUAAACUCUUCUCUAUAUUAGAUGAUAAUUGCAUAAGUUUGAGAAAUUUUAAUUAGAAUAUUUUUUGAAUCUACAGUGCAUCAAUUAAAAUAUUCUAUGUGACACUAUAACUUUUGCUGACCAUAUAGAUCUUCUGAAGAACUGUUCCCGUUUUGGUAAGACUUGCAAAGUUAAAUAUUGUGCACGGAAACCUUUCAUGUUGAUUGAAUUCAUCGAUUGUACGUAAACGUUACGCUCGAGUAAGCUUCAAUUCUGGAAUCAGUAACCAACGACACUUACGUUCGAGCUAAACCUGAAUUCCACGAGACUCGUGCGGCCUCGUUAUCCUGUUCAUUAUGUAAAACAUAUACGUAGAACUUAUUAUAUUUCAGAAAUACAUAAUCAGAAUAUGCAUAAUCUGCUUCUUUUAGAUUUGCGUUCGUUUUUCUCUUUUUUUUUAAACAAAUGUGACGUAGUUUCAUAUUAGGUGCUGAAAAUGUAUAUAAACAUUUGUAACCUAUGGAAACAUUUAUCACGAUUUAUUUUUUACGAAAAUUUCUAAAAUUGACUUGUAAAAAUUACGUUAUUAUCGUAAUUAUAUUAUAUCGA